AUGGGGGUAACCACCUUGGAAUUUAAUAUUUCGCAGGAAGAGUUGGAUAGACUCUCCCUUACCACUCUAUCAUCUGAAUCUACUGAUGAUGAGCCCAUAUAUGACGUACCUGUGAGUCGACAUUUUAACAAGUCUCAUCGAUACCGCAUUCGCUUGUGCGAAAGUCGCAGCCGAGAGGGACAGCCGGCCUUUGAUCCAGCCACAUGGUCUCGAACUCCGACCUACUGGCCACCUCACUUCUUUGCCUCGUUUAAUGAUGAAAUAAUUCAAGUUCGUCGUAGGCAACACUUUCAUCACGAUUUGCCUAUCGAACUUACCGACUCCCUGGUCGAAGGCAAGAAUACAAUCAAAGUGAAUUUGCCAUACUUUUCUCAAAACCUCAAGAAAGACAUUGCUUACUUCAUGGCCGUGGAACUUGUAACGACAUUAAAUCACAGCUCUGUUCGGGAUCUGGUGAUCUCUGGGCCACAUACCACUGUAGAAGCAACCAAAUACGAGAUAAGCAGGCGGCUACAGAGACUAGAGACUGAUGAGAUUGUCAUUGAGAGUGAUACUUGGAUAUUCUCGGUGACAGACAUAAUUAGUUCUAAGCUCGUCGAUAUCCCCGUCCGAGGCCGCGAGUGCCGCCAUCUCGAGUGCUUUGAUUUGCAAAAUUGGCUGGACUCGCGUCCAACCAAGUGGUCGCAGGAUGAGGGUGAGCCAUCAAUAGUUGACUGCUGGGCUUGCCCCUUGUGUGGUAUGGAUGCCCGGCCUUGCAGUCUUAUGGUGGACGAUUUCUUGGUUGAAAUCAAGAACAAGAUCCUGGAGAGCGGGAAGAGUAACGUCAAAAAGAUUGAGAUGCGUGCCGAUGGCACCUGGUCUCCCAUAGAAGAGCCUGAUGAUGAUGGGUCGUCAGAUAGGGAUGGCGCCCAGCGGAAAUUAUCAGGACAUGGAGCGCCAUUGGGACAGUAA